CUUCUCUAUAACCGAGUACGCUUGGAAGGAGUUCUUUCCCCUAAAAAAUUGAGUUUGAAUAGAGUUUGUAAGCAUGUCGAUGACAGUAGAGAUAAGAGUUCCAAACUUGGAUUGUGAAGGAUGUGCUUCUAAGCUUAAGAAGACUCUACUCAAGCUCAAAGGAGUGGAAGAAGUGGAAGUAGAGAUGGAAAGCCAAAAAGUGACGGCUCGAGGAUACAGGUUAGAGGAGAAGAAAGUAUUGAAAGCUGUACGGCGGGCCGGUAAGGCAGCUGAACCGUGGCCAUACCGCUUAGGUAAUAGCCACUUUGCGUCUUUCUAUAAAUAUCCAUCUUAUGUGACCAACCACUAUUACUCCGAUGCCCACCGAACCGAUCCCACCGGUGGUGUUCACACUUUCUUCCACACUCCGGCCGUUUACUCUGUUGCCGUGGCCGGCGAUGAGAUCGCAGCUUCGAUGUUCAGUGAUGAUAAUCCACAUGCUUGUACCAUUAUGUAAUCUAUUUUUUCUAUAUGUACACGAAUAUGUUUUCUUUGCACCUUCUUAAAACCGAGUGAUUCCAAACCCAAACCGUAACGGGAACUAUCUCUGGUACACGUGCUAUUCAAGGAAUUUACCGUGGCCAGCUGCCCAAAACAGACUUUUUCAUCUUUUGUCCAGAUUUGGUUUUGAUUUUGAGUUUCUUUUUUCAAUUUGUAUUGAGGAAGUAAAUCUAAAACUACUUGUUAUACUUCUCGUUUUAUAUAGAAUUUCUCCAAAAUGAAACUUUGUGUAUUUCUUUUUAUUUAUUUGUGAUAUU